AUGUCUGCUUACAACGUGGAUCCACAGAUACGUUCCCGUAGCAACAGCCCCAACAUGGCUGCCUGGAACAGCAAUGGUUCACAGAACUCCGUGGCCCACCUCGACCCCCUCAAGGGCACCGUCCUGAGGGACAGCAUGGGGGGAGGAAAGGGGGGAGAGAGGGGGAAAGACCUGUCCAGGGAUGACCUUGUGUUCCUUCUCAGUAUAAUGGAGGGAGAGCUGCAGGCCAGAGACGAGGUGAUCACGGUCCUGAAAGCAGAGAAGAUGGAUUUGGCUCUGUUGGAAGCCCAGUAUGGCUUUCUCACCCCAGUGCAAGUGCUCCGGGCCCUGCAGAGAGACUCACUCCAGGCCCAGGCUUCUGAGGCCCAGGAGGCCCCACAGCAGGAUGUCUACGAGAAAUCCAUGGCUGAGCUGGACCGGCUGGUGGAGACUGGAAAGCAGAGCUACAGGCGGAUGCUGGAUCAGCUGCUGCAGGUGGAGUGCUCCCACAGUGGUGCCCUCUGCAGGCUGGAGGAGCAGGACCAGCAGCACCGUGCCUUCCUGCAGCGCAGCGAUGACCUCACCUGUCUACUGGAGCAGGACCGCGAGAGGUCGCCAUGCUCCUUGUGGCGUUCGGCUCAGGCCACAGGACGCCAACCAAAGGGACGAUCCCAGGGAUCUGGAGCGGACCAUUCGCCACCGCUGAGGCGCAGAAACCUGACGAACCGGCUGAGGUGUGAGAGCCUGAUGAGCCUGCUAAGACCUCUCCGGUUGCCUCGGUCGAGGCACGGGAACCUGUUCACCAGCUGA